AUGAAGUCGGGAACAGCCGUCUACUCGAGCCUAGCUGCGGCGACUUGUAUCGCUUUCGUGACUUGUCUUGCUGGAGCGUUAACUCAUCACCACACUGGGAGUCCUGGCUCGGUGAGUCUGGCGGUCGGCAAGGAUGGAGGGAAUAAGUCGAGUCCGUUGCUAUAUGGAAUGAUGUUUGAGGAAAUGAACCACUCAGGCGAUGGCGGUAUUCAUGGACAACUUCUUCAAAACAACGGGUUUCAAGGAUCGACUCUGGGAAUGACCUCUUAUGCUCCGGUGGGAGAUGCGAAAAUAUCUCAGGAUAUCUCGAAGCCCGUGAGCGCCGCAAUCAAGUCGUCGCUCAUUGUCUCAGUUCCGGAAGGUGUAUCAGACUACGUUGGCUUCGCAAAUACCGGUUACAAUGGAGUGCCGGUCAUGAAUGCGACAUACAAUACCUCAUUCUGGAUGAUGGGCGACUAUUCUGGCAUCAUCAACAUCCAGCUGAUUGGAUCGCAUAGCGGUAUAGUCUAUGCGGAUCAUAAUCUGACCGUCAAGAGCACGGCCUCGAAUUUCACACAAUUCAGUGCGAGCUUCAACUCGACUGAAUCGCCAGAUGGAGACAAUGAGUGGCAUUUGACCUUUGAUGGAUCGAAGGUUGCUGGCAGUUCAUUGAAUUUUGGCUAUGUUCAACUAUUUCCGCCCACCUACCAUAAUAGGGAGAAUGGGUUACGCAAGGACAUAGCUACAGUUUUGGAGGAGGUUAAUUCGACGUUUCUUCGUUUCCCAGGUGGGAAUAACCUUGAGGGGCUGCAGGUUGACAGUCGGUGGAAGUGGAACACAACUAUUGGGCCACUUGUCGAUCGGCCUGGCAGAGACAGCGACUGGUUCUAUCCCAACACCGAUGCGCUCGGCCUUGACGAAUAUCUAUGGUGGUGUGAAGACAUGAAGAUGACCCCGCUCCUGGCUGUCUGGGCUGGUAAGUCCUAUGGAGACAUUUUAUCAGGCCCUGACUUAGAGCCAUACAUUGACGAUGUUAUGAAUGAGCUGGAAUACAUUCUCGGAAACUCGACAACACCUCAGGGUAAAAUUCGUGCUCAGAAUGGACGCAAGGAUCCCUGGAAAGUCGACUACGUGGAAAUUGGAAACGAAGAUGAUCUGACGCGUGGAUGUGCUACCUACCCCGAUCGUUUCAACCAAAUCUACAAAGCGAUACACGACAAAUACCCCCACAUUACGCUUAUCGCCUCAAAUGGGGACUACAACUGUCUCCUAUCGCCUCUCCCCGAGGGUGUGAUUAUUGACUUACAUUUAUAUCGCCAGCCGGACGACUUCGUUGCCUUAUUCAACCAGUUUGACAAUCAGCCACGGAAUCAGUCUGUCAUGAUUGGUGAAUACGGCUGUCGUAAUACGACGGAUGCUAAGGGCACUUAUUGGUCAUUUCUGCAGGGAAGCUGCAGUGAGGCCGUGUAUAUGAUUGGCAUGGAGCGAAACAGCGACAUCGUGAAGAUGGCAGCUUAUGCACCCAUGUUAGAGCAUUUUGGAUUCAUUUCGUGGUCGCCUACCCUUUACGGUUUCGACUCGAGUCCGGGGUCGAUCACACCCUCGACAUCCUACUUUGUGCAACAGAUGUUUGCGUCCAACAAAGGGGACACGAUUCUGCCAGUGAAGUCAUCGUCAGCUUUCGGGCCUGUGUAUUGGGUCGCCUCGAGGACGGAUGCGCAGUACUUUGUCAAGCUGGCUAAUUACGGCCCCGACGAGCAGAACGUUACUGUCAGCAUUCCUGACACUCACUCCGGGAGGCUGGAGAUGCUCGCAGGAACACAGUUUCAAGCCAAUCAACCUCAUAAUGUUACGAUCCGUACGGUGACAAGCAAUGUUCAGGGCGACGGUGGGAAGUAUACAGUGACGAUGACACCAUGGGCGAUCGCCGCGUUGGCCGUUUCAUGA